GCUUGUGUGUUUAUAACAGGAGCCUAUUGGAGCCCAUUCCCAUUUACAGGUUUGUGCAGCACUGUACUGGACCUCAUCGAAGUCAAUAGAAGAAGUUUGAGAUGAAGAAAUUUGCCUUUCUGCUCCUUUGCCUCCUGGAUGUUGCGGUGCGCCUGAGUAACGCGCAGCAUCGUCAUCCUUCGCGUGCACGACUCAACCCGUGGAAGCACAGGUUCGAGUGGGAGAACAACGGCAGGGUCUACAGCUUGCUGAGCACGGGGACACAGUACCGGGCGCCUGCGCAAUCCAGGGGCCGAACCCAGGUCCUGUUGACCACCAUGAACCGAGGUCAACUCCCGCCUCCGUCGAGAAGAACAUCCGGAGAUCUGGGUCAGGUGAACGCUGCCGAUGCAGAUCAGAAUUUAAUCCCAAGGGACCAAGCGUGGUCACCCGGCAGCACAGUGGCCUUUACCAAUCAGGAGUUCUCCGGUGGAGGACCAAGCUCCUCUUCCGGUGCAACCACGCAGCCGUCUUUGGAUCUUACGCACAGACCUCAACCCUCAAACCCGACACCUCGCCCACCAAUGACCAAUAAUCAUGAAAGAGCUCAAAACACACAGCAGAGAGCAGAACCAGAAGCCACUGAAGCACCGGUGAUACUGUCCAGAAACGUGGUCGAGGUACAUUACACUCAACAGAGGACUGAUCCGAUCCGCACCAACACGACGGAGCCAAGGCGGGAUCCAAACGGCAGCCAGCAUAGGAACUCCGUUUUCUACAACGUUUACCCUCCGGACCAAAGGAACAGGGUCCCUGCACGACCGCUUCAACCAGGACCGGGCCACAGUACCAACUUCUUCCAUAACGGUCUCCCAGACUUGAUUCCUGACCCGUACUACAUCCAAGCUGCGUCAUACAUCCAGCGAGUGCAGAUGUUUGCACUCCACUGUGCCGCUGAGGAGAACUGCCUAUCCAGGUCUGCGUACCAUCCGAGUGUGAGAGACCUAGAUUACAGGGUUCUUCUCAGAUUCCCCCAGCGUGUGAAGAACCAAGGAACAGUGGACUUCCUCCCAAAGAAACCCAGACACCAGUGGGAAUGGCACAGCUGUCAUCGGCACUACCAUAGCAUGGAGGCCUUUAGUAACUAUGACCUGCUGGAUACCUCCAAUGGACGCAAAGUGGCCGAGGGCCACAAAGCUAGUUUCUGCUUGGAGGACACGUCAUGUGAACGUGGUGUGCGGAGACGAUUUGCCUGCACGGCUCACACACAGGGGCUUAGUCCUGGUUGCUAUGACACCUAUCACGCCAACAUCGACUGCCAAUGGAUUGAUAUCACCGAUGUUCCACCUGGAAACUAUACGCUCCAGGUGACCGUGAACCCCUAUAAACUCGUCGAGGAGUCGGAUUUCUCCAACAACGUGGCAAAGUGUGACAUCCGCUACACGGGAAGCUACGUGCAAGCGACAAACUGCAGGAUCGCAAAGAGCUGACCUGAGUGACAACACAAUGGCACGUCCUUCUGCUGAAGUCGUUCUUUAAAAAUGUUGCAGUGAAAUUUUAAAUUAUUUGUUUUUUUCUGAGGAUGUUUUCUAUGGUGUACGAA